AUGGCAGCAGCAGUAGCUGCGGGGAGCUCCGGGGGCCCGCCGAACCCUGUUGCGACCCUGCACGAGGAAGCCGUCUGUGCCAUUUGCCUGGAUUACUUCACAGACCCGGUGUCCAUUGAAUGUGGCCACAACUUUUGCCGGGUGUGCAUCACUCAGCUUUGGGGUGAAGAAGAAGAAGGCGAUGACCUGGGAGCCUCUGGCUCAGAGGGGGAUGCUGAUGACGGGGGGAUAGAUGACCUGGGGCCUGAGGAAGAUGGGGAUUACGACAACGACCUGGAGGACAACGAUUAUUUAGGAGAUGGAGAUAUGGGUGAUGAGGAUGAAGAUGACGUGUCCAGGGAUGAGUACGAUGAUGAAGAAGACGACGACGAUGUCUGGGAUGAUGACGACAGAGAGUACUGGGACCAGGAAAUAUGGGAUGCGUCUAUGGGGAGUGAUUUAUUUUUUGAUAAUUACGAUGAGGAAGUAAUGGAUGAAGAGCCAGAAGAAAUGCCGGCAACGCCACCUACUCCGCAACGGCAGUCUUUUACUUGUCCUCAGUGCCGCAAAACUUUUCCUCGUCGCAAUUUGCGGCCCAGUCUUCAGCUGGCCAAUAUGGUGCAGAUCAUCCGUCAGAUGCAUCCACAACCACUGAAGCCUAUGAUAACGUCCAAUGACGUAGUGGACAUGGCAGCAGCAGGGGAUUCGUCAGGGGUGCCAUCUACUUUAGCUGCAAGUCAUGCUCCAAGAGCCCUAUGUGAGAAACAUCAGGAGCCACUUAAGCUCUUUUGUGAGACAGAUGAAGAGCCCAUCUGUGUAGUGUGCAGAGAGUCACAGGCCCAUAAACACCACAGUGUUAUGCCACUAGAGGAAGUUGUGCAAGAAUAUAAGGCUAAACUCCAGGGUCACUUGGAUCCAUUGAAAAGGAAACUGGAGUCAGUUCUGCAGCAGAGGUCAAGCGAAGAGGAGAAAAUAACAGAUAUCAAGAACAAGAUGAAACUUGAUAUGAAAGAGUUUGAGUCCGACUUUGAGCGGCUGCAUCAGUUCCUGGUUGGAGAGCAAGCCAUGCUGCUUCACCAGCUGGAAGACCGCUAUGAGAUACUACUGGCCAGCCAGAGUAGCAACAUCUCUCACCUGGAGGAGCAAGGUGCUGCACUAACCCGUCUUAUUGCAGAAGCCGAAGACAAAAGCAAGCAAGACGGUCUGCAGCUGCUUAAGGAUUUCAAAGGCACUUUAGUCAGGUGUGAGAAUAUCACAUUACAAGAUCCAGAGAUGGUGCCAGUGGACACAGGAAAAAAAUACCGCAAUUACUUCCUUAUAGAUGUUUUAAUGAGGAAGAUGGAGAAGGUCUUUACCAAAGCCCCUCAAGCUGAUUUGACUCUGGACCCUGAAACAGCUCAUCCACGGCUCACUCUUUCCUCCGACUUCCGCAGCGUCCGACUUGGGGAACGCUGGCGGGAUCUGCCGGAUAACCCCAAACGCUUUGAUUCCGACUACUGUGUUUUGGCCUUGCAGGGCUUUGCGUGCGGUCGCCACUACUGGGAAGUGGAGGUGGGUGGUCGGCGAGGGUGGGCUGUGGGGGUAGCCCGCGAAUCGGCCCGACGAAAAGAGAAAUCCUGCAGUGGUUCCCACCAGAAACGGGAGAUCUGGUGUGUAGGAACCAAUGGUAAGAAGUACCAGGCUUUGACUACCACUGAGCAGACCUCCCUCUGUCCAGCUGAGAAAUUGCGGCGCUUUUGUGUCUACCUGGAUUACGAACGAGGCCAGCUAGGAUUCUACAAUGCUGAAAACAUGGCUCAUAUUCACACCUUCAAUGCUUCAUUUCGUGAGCGCAUCUUCCCCUUCUUCCGCAUUCUUUCUAAGGGGACCCGCAUAAAAAUCUGCAAUUGAUGCCAUUGUGGCUGUUGCACAUAGCUGAAUUUAUCACUUGAGGCCUCUGCUUCAUCCUAGCCCUCCCAUCCCCUCACCUAAUUAUGCCUGAUAAGAGUUUCUCAUCAUCUUUGGACUUUUGGUGGAUUCCUUAUCUAGCUCUUAUUUUGGAUUCCUUUUGAGGGGGAUUCCUUCCCUUUGAUGAAUUCAGUUUUGCACAGUACUACUCUGGUGUUUGACCAGGUCAUGGAUCUGACUUUAUUUUGCUUAUAAUGCAGAUCCAUCUUAGCAAAAAAAAAAAAAAAGUGCUCUCUCUCUCCUUAUACUUUUUGGGUAUAAUCACAUGUCAGCUGAUUAUACCUUUCUCAUCUUUAGAUAGUUGAGACCCUGAUCUUCCGUGUCUCAGAAGAGAAAUUAGACCUUAUGGAGCAUGCAAUUAUAAGGUUGGUGGGACCUGCCAUGGCUUUUUAACUUGGGUUUAGCAAUCCAAGAUUUCUUCUUGACUUUUCUGAAGAUACCUAAAACUUUCUAGUCAGGCGUUGAUGACCUGAACAAAAUAUAGACCUAUGUAUGGUAACUUUUCUCUGUUUUGAAUUCCCCUGAUCAGACAAGAUGACUGUUCCAAUAUGUUCUUGGGAUUGGAUCAAAGUUCAUGCUUUAAGCUGGGAUGAAGAACAUGUGGCCCUCCAUAUGUUACUGAAUGACAGUUUCUAAGAACCCCAGCAAUCAUAGCCUAUGUUGAAGGAUACAGGAGUUGUGGUCCGGUACCAUCUGGAACAUGGAAUAGCCCCAGUGUUAUGUCUGUGUUGCUGUCACCAGAGCCUGGAUUCCUGUAGCCCUCACACUAGCUUGCAUUUUAAAGUAAUGAUAUGGAAAUAUUUUGGCAGAUUCCUAAUGCUAUUAUUCCUUAAUUGCUCCAAUGCCUGUAUUCUGAUUUCCUGUUUUUUUUGCAAUUUACUAAUAACCAAUUUAAAAAAAUAGAAUUGCAAGUUCUGUCCCAUGUUCUUCUUUACGCUGGUUUCAUGUGAUGUUCCAUUUGAAAUGUCUCUUAAUCUUUGAUGCUCUUUUCUAUCUCUUCUGCCAUUUAUCUAUUCUAGAAUGUCACAUGCUGGCCAUUUGGAGCAAUGACAGCACCAAGUGCUGUUGAGCUGUUGAAUGUCAGUCAUGAUUGUAGAUGUGUGUGUGCUAUCCCAUCAGAUGCUAAAAACCCAUUAUUGUUGUCUUACUCAUUCUCUUUCUCUUGUCUUCCCACCAUCUGCUUUGAAUAACUUAUUUUAGUCCUUCAUUAGUUUUAGCCUUCACUGUAGAGUCUUCUUGAACCUCUGAAGGCUUUAGCUGUUCCACCCAUAUGUGGUUUUUUUAAAAAUUCUUUUUGGCUUGACAGAGCUGCUUCUGAACUAUUUUUUGCUAAAAAAUAUUAAAAGGAAAUCUAGUUUUUUGGAAAAAUGUUGAGAGAUAA